GCUCCCCACUAGCACUGUCCCAGAGCACUGCCUGGUCUGUGGGCAGGAGGAGGCAGAGCAGCAGGAGAGCAAACACUGGAAGAUCUGCAGGUCAUGGAGGUCCUUGCCCUGACCCUGGUUACUCUUCUGGCUCUGCUGCCCCCAGCCCAGCCCUGCUCCUCAGAGAUGAACAAGGUCAAGGACCUCCUGGAGGUGAACUGCACAGGGCAGGCUCUCAGCGCAGUCCCCCCAGACCUGCCUGCAGACACAGGCAUCCUGCUGCUCAGUGACAAUCGCCUGGAGUCCCUCUCCACCACUGCCUUUCUGUCCCUCACCCAGCUUCAGGACAUUGACCUGGCCAACAAUGGGCUGGUGGCUCUGCGCACGGGGGCCCUGCUGCUGUCCCUGAAGGAGCUGACCCUCUCCCACAAUGCUCUGGCAGCCCUACCUGUCCUGGAGGGCCUGCCUGCACUCACCCACCUGGCUGUGGCUCACAACAGCCUGGAGACAUUGGCCCCGGGGGCUUUCCGCACAGUGCCAGAGCUGCAGAACCUGGACUUGCGAGGGAACAAGAUGCAGCAGCUGCCCCAGGAGGCCUUUGCAGGGCUGAAUGCACUCAAGGAGUUAGACCUCUCAGACAACCUCCUGAAGGAGCUACCCAAGGAGUUGCUGCAGGACCUGAAGAAGCUGGAGACCCUCUGGCUCUCAGGGAACCAGCUGCAGACCCUGCCAACAGACUUUUUCCCAAAGGGGCACUUGUUCAUGUAUGUUUUCCUCACUGAGAAUCCCUGGCAUUGCAACUGUGACCUGCACUACCUCCAGACCUGGAUCCAGAAGAAUGCUGACAUUGUUUAUCAGCCAGAGCGGGGUCUGGAGGAAACAAAAGUGGAGGUCGCACCUGAGAAGGUACUGUGCCACAGCCCUGCUGAGCAUAGGCAAAAGCCCAUCAUUCACUUCAAGCUUAACUGCAGCAUUGUGGAGGAUGCGGAUGAGGAAGGAGGGGAUGAAUAUAAUUAUGAAGAAGAAACAACAGAGAAAGCUACCAUGACCACCUUUCCCCCACACCCAUUCAUCCCCAAAGAGCACACUACCAUGCCCUGUGCUAUUACCUCAUCUUGCCUUCCUACCCUUACUACCACAAGAUCUCCCCUCACCAGACCUUCCCUCAGCACCCCUUGUACCUCCACCCUUUCCCCAAACCCUUUGCUUGGGGUGCUGACAAGCAUCAGAGCUCCCAGCACCACCAUUCCUGUACCAGCCAGUCUCACCAUGAUACCCACACAGACCCCCAGUACUGCCACCAUUCUCACGGCUGCUACCACCAUCACCCUGCACAGACCUGCCACCUUUGACAAUGCUACUUCACUGCCAACAGCUAUGAGCAGCAACCCUUCUAGCACCAGUGGCCAUCCCCAAACCACCCUUGCUGCCAACAGCAUCUAUGGCAGUCUUAUGGGGUCCACUGGCACAUUUCCCACCACUUCCACAGCAGUGCCUUCCACUGCCAUGCUAGAGGCCUCUUCCAUUGUCAGAUCUCCAUGUCCAACUCUGAUGUCAGCCAACACCAUGCUUUCCACUCAUGCCCCAACACUACCACCUCCCUUGGACACCACACACUUCACCCAACCUGCAUGUUCCCCUCUACCUGCUCCUCCUCCCCUCUGCCCAUGCUCCAUCCCAGGACGGGCUGUACCUGUGCUGCAUUUGCAGGCAGGUGGGGAGGCUCUGCAGUGGGGGCAGUGGGUGCUGAGGCACUGCUGCCUGUUGCACUGGGUGCUCUACCUGGCUUCCUUGGCUCUGCUGGUCCUGACCAUGCUGGCUGUAGCAGGUUGGCUGACAUGGAUGUGUCUGGUGGGACAACCCUCCUGGUACCAGUCCUUGCAGACCCAAGAGGUGCAGUAUCCACUGCUGGAACGGAGGGAGUCAACAGGAAACCCUAUGAUGCAUCUCAGCAGCUUCAAAAUCCCCCUCCAGCAACCUAAAUUCUGUACAAUCAAGGAAGUGGAGUUGUGCCCUGAGGUUACAUACUGCACAAUUAAAGAUCUGGGGGUACAGCGCAGUCCUCCUGCAAGUUACUCCUUCUGCACCACAAAGGAGUUGUGGGUUCACCACAGUCCUCUGCAUGCAUCAGUCAAGCCUUUCUCCAGGAAGCUGAUGGUCACAGACCUUAGCUUCCCGAGGACCCCAUCUGCCCACAGCCUAGACAGGGGUGUUGAGACCAUCGGUGAUGUCAGAGUGAAAUAUGCAGGUAACACCAUGUAAAUGUGUUACACACAUGUGUACACUCAGAGAAAGAGAUUGAGAGUCAUGGCUCUGUUCUAUAUGCUUUGUUUUACAAGGGAAAGAUCUACUUGCCUAGGAGGAAGCCAUCUAGCUCUUUCCUCUAGUAUUCUCAAACAGCCUGAAGUUUCCAGAGCUUGGGUAUUUGGCAGAGGAAGAUAAUGUCCUAAACUGGUCAUUGAUAGUCUGGGGCUGCCACUGCCUGAUUUAGGGGUGAUUGAGGGUAAGCAGAACUUAUGUUGUGCUCUGUCGCAACUGCUUCUGCUCAAAUUAUGUACACAAAGAUGCAAUACACUUUCCACUCUGUGCCAGGUUCUU